AUGAAAAGUAGUAAGCAACCAAAAGGCUGCUAUCUUAAACUCAUAGCAAAUAAUAGUGGAUACUUAUUUGCAGAUGGAAGUCAUGCUAUAUGUACUCUACAUGAGAAAGUCAGAAAGGUAGAUGGUACAGAGACAAUGAUUUGCGGCAUGAAACUGAAGCCAAACGACACAUCAUGGCCAUUUAUAUUUGGAAGUAGUUGUGUAGGGAUACAACACGAUGGGGAUGACCUCUUAUGUGGAAUGAAAGACCUGGAAAGUUAUGGUGUUUGCUUACAUUCAUGUAACACUAGAAUGCCAGACGGUAAAGUACAAUCAUUCUGCGGAUUGAAGCUGCUAUCGGACUUUAAUUUAUUAAUAGCCAUGAAACAAACGAAUGCUGCUGUUACAGAUACAGCCCUAAAAACCACCCCAGAAGAAAACCAGGGAAAACUGUUUCGUAUGGAAGUCACGGCUGAUAAGGUUACAUAUCCAUUCAUACACGAAUGUAAUGAAGUUAUUAUAUUUUCACAGAAGAUUAGUAUCCACACCGGAAAAGAAAUAACUUUAUGUGGACUGAAACUAAUACCAAUAACUUCACCAUAUCCAUGUAAAGAGGAGUCUCACUUAGUUGCUGUACAGGCCCAGAAGUUUAAGAGGCAAAACGGUGAAGACCAAAUGUUUUGUGGGUUAAUAGUAACUCCAGACAAACAAGCAUCGCUGUUUGCAAUAGGUUGUUUCCACACAGGCAUGGCCGGCUGGAAAAGGAAAACUGUGCAAAAGAGACCUACUGACUCCACCAUCUCACAAGGAACCACUGUUCAGGAACUACCACAGCGUGAUCGGGAAAAAAGUGCCGCCGAUUAUGAAACCACUCCCGGUUCAAUAACCGCAACAGGUCAGACAACCUACACGGUCACAAGACCGGCUUCCAACACAUCAGGUGUGGAUCCCCCUGCCCUUAAUUUUGGCCCCCCAUCGUAUAAUUGCCCAACAUGUAAUGCGGUUAUGUGGUAUGAAGAAAGAAGUAAAAGCACCCCUGUAUCUGAACCAAUUUCAUUCUCAUCGUGUUGCCAAAAUGGGAAAAUUUUGUUGGAACCCUUACGUAAUACACCUGAACCUCUUAAAAGGUUGUUGGAUUAUGAUCAGGCCGGUACAUCAACCUUCCGUGACAACAUUAGAACUUACAACAGUAUGUUUUGCUUCACAUCUUUCGGGGCUCAAAUUGAUAAUUCCAUCAACCAGGGAAGAGGUGUCUAUACCUUUAGAAUAAGCGGCCAAAACUAUCAUCGAAUCGGUUCGUUGCUUCCUUCAGAUGGGGCUGAACCCAGAUAUGCACAGCUUUACUUCUUUGACACCCAAAAUGAAAUAAAACAUCGAAUUUCGGCAAUAGUAGGGAAGGGCAAAACUAACAGUAAAAUUGAUGAAGCUAUCGUCGGAAGCCUCAUGGAUAUGCUUAAUGAACAUAAUUGUGUAGCCAAGGCAUUUCGUAUGGCACGCGAUUGGUGUUUAGCAAAUGAAGAUCAUCCAUGCGAAUUACGUUUGCUUGCACAGAGAUCCACUUUACGACAAUAUAGCACCCCAAAUGUUUCUGAAAUUGCUGCCUUGGUAACUAACGAUUUUGGGGUGAGUUCUGAGCCUCGAGAUAUUGUAGUCAGCACCACUAACGGGUUCCUACAAAGAAUCUCAGAAUUGCAUCCACUAUACAUGGCCUUACAAUAUCCGUUGCUUUUUCCUUAUGGUGAAUCUGGAUAUCAUGAAGCAAUCCCAUAUUUCUCAAACACUGGUAGGAGGAAAACAAAGAGGACAUGCUUGACAAUGCGAGAGUUCUAUUGUUACAGAAUUCAUUAUCGACCUAAUGAAGGAACAACUUUGUUAAGAGGCGGCCGUCUCUAUCAACAAUACUUGGUGGAUUCUUAUACUGCAGCUGAAGAACAACGACUCCGAUAUGUCAGGACUCAUCAGACUGAACUUAGGGUAGAACUAUAUGACAGUGUGUGUGACGCAGUCACACGCGGUGACACAAACGAAAAGGCACUUGGUCAACGAAUAGUUUUACCCGCGAGUUUCACAGGAAGCCCCAGGUAUAUGGUGCAAAAUUAUCAGGACGCCAUGGCCCUAUGCAGGAAAUUUGGAAACCCGGAUCUGUUCAUAACCUUUACCGCAAAUCCCAAAUGGCCCGAAGUUGGCCAUAUGUUAUCAUUCAUUCCGGGACAGAAGUCUCAUGAUCGUGCAGAAGAUAUGGCUCGUGUGUUUAAAAUGAAACUCGACGACAUGAUGUAUGAUAUCAUGAAGAACAAUGUUUUUGGGCAGGCCUUGGCAGGUGUGCACACAAUCGAGUUCCAGAAGCGUGGACUCCCACAUGCUCAUAUUCUAAUAUGGCUAGACGAAAAGGCAAAAUGCAAAACCCCGGCUGAUAUAGAUGACAUAAUUUCUGCGGAGAUCCCUUUGGAAUCUAUUGAUCCAAGAGGAUAUAAGGCUGUGACUGAUUACAUGCUACACGGACCGUGCGGCCCGGACGCUAAAGAUGCGUCAUGUAUGAACAUGGGGAAGUGCAUGAAACAUUUCCCAAAACCAUUUUAUCAGGAAACAACAAUCGAUGAAGAUGGCUAUGCUGUUUAUCGUAGAAGGAAGACGAACAAUAUUGUCGUAAAAUACAAAAUCCCCCUUGAUAACCGAUUUGUAGUCCCAUACAAUAGAUACUUGCUCCUCAAAUAUGAUGCACACAUAAAUGUCGAGUGGUGCAACAGAUCUAAGGCAAUAAAAUACUUAUUCAAGUAUUUAAACAAAGGUCCCGAUAGAGCGACAAUUGUUUUUCAUGAUAAUCUGAAGGAAGAUGGCAAAACACAGUCCACAAUUAUUACCAAGGUUGAUGAAGUCAAGAAUUACCUCGAUUGCCGUUAUUUAUCACCAUGUGAGGCAGUGUGGCAUUUGUUUGCACUUGACAUACACUACUGUAAACCAUCAGUGGUAAAACUAACCUACCACCUUCCUGAAAAACACACCCUCACACUACACGACUCGGAAAGCCUACCUGCUUUACUUAGGAGGCCAGGAAUCAAGGAUACAAUGUUCACCAAAUGGUUUGAGCUGAACAGGAGAGAGAAGCACGCCAGACAAUACAAAUAUUCGGAAAUCCCAUCCGAAUAUGUAUGGGUUAGUAAAGAUAAAUAUUGGGAAAAAAGGAGGAGGAGAAAGAACACCGUUGGACGGAUUGUGUACUGCCAUUCUGCCGCAGGGCCCAGGUACUAUUUGAGGAUGUUGCUAAACGUGGUCAAAGGACCACAGAGUUAUAAAAACCUGAAGACAGUCAAUGGGAGGGUGUGUGAAUCAUUUAAGGAAGCAUGCUAUGCAUAUGGAUUGCUAAAUGAUGAUCGCGAGUGGAGUGAAGCAAUUACAUAA